CCAAACGAAACAGUGUUACUACGGGGUCAAGGCGCAAAGACACACUACCAACCGUCACACAGACAAGAUCACAGUCACAUGAUAAGAGUCCCAAGGAGGAUCCCUGAUGCUGCGGCAUGAUGCACUAGUGGGUCAAAGAAAUUGUUGAGGAUCUCUACUACCACAUAUUCCAGAGUCUCAGGCUCUUCAUCUACAACACUCCAGAUCGUGAGGGUCUUCAGGUUCCUGUUGCAGUGUCACUCUUGGGGCACGAUACUCCCUGUAUUGGAAGGAUCACGCUUUAUUAACUGGAGAAGAGGAGCCAGUCCAUCAAGGGGGUCACUGAGACAAAUGAGCGCGCAGCCUGUUAUUUCAACCUACCCCCAAGAGAGCACCGGUCAGAAUGGAGUGAGCGGUGCGUCACUCCAGAACACCAGCACUGGCAGUGGGAGUAUCAAUACCCACCAAGUGCCACAACUCAGCACACUCAACCCCACAGGGGGUGGCAAGGCCAUGGCGCCGAGCAAGCAGAGCAAGAAGAGUGUGGUCCACAACAAGGAGAGCGAGGAAUACCGGCAGCGGCGUGAGCGCAACAACCUGGCAGUCAGGAAGAGCAGGUUAAAGAGCAAGCAGAAGGCACGCGACACGCAGCAGAGAGUCGACGAGCUGAAGGAGGAGAAUGAGAGGCUCGAAGCAAAGAUCAAACUGCUCACCAAGGAACUGAGUGUCUUAAAGGAUUUGUUCCUGGAGUACGCGCAUAGUUUUUCUGAUAAUGGGCACCCCUCAUUUACUGAAGGCACUGGAUCUGAGCAGGAGACUGGCAAUGGGGAGCAGUAGGCUUGGGGGCAGACACCCAGAGAAAUCUUACUGAGAGGGGCCUUUACCUCAAACUCUCUAAUUUAAGGUUUCAUUGCACAAUGAUGCUUCUGUUGCCGAAAUUCCUGUCACUUGGUGCUUGUGGUUGGAAGAAACUUGGGGCCUUGAUGCAACAGAAGAACUGAUUGUAUCCAAAUCAUGAGCACACUCAAAACUGACAGAUAGCACUAGCACCAAUUCCCCUCAAGCUGCCAAAUGUCCUCUCCUCAUCCUCUCGACUUUUCCCUCAUCCUUUCAUUACACUGAAGGGAUGGUAUCAGGGCUGUCCAUUCCCAAGUGUGUCCAUCUCCCAUUUAACCUCGUUCAUUUUACUGGAUGGAAACUUGUGAGCUGCAGCGUUCCACAGCAGAGAGAUCUCACACUAGGUUGUUAACAUUGGUAGAACAGAAGAGGGCAGAGAGUCUCAUACUGGGUACUGAGCCCCAUUUCACUGUUUGCUCACAUUGGCAGAACAGACCAGGGUAGAGAGAUCUCACACUGGGUACUAACCCCCUCUCACCAUCUCCUUAUGGUAGCAUAAUGGUUAGUGCAACACUGUGUGACAGCUCAAGGUAUUCAGAGUUAAAUCCUGGUGUCCUCUGUUGGGAGUUUGUGCAUCUGCCCCAUGACAUGCAUGGGUUUCCUUCCACAGUCCAAAGACGUACUGGUUAGUAGGUUAAUUGGUCAAUAUAAAUUGUCCCAUGAGUAGGCUAGUGUUAAGUCAGAGAUUGCUGGAACUGCAGCUCAAAAGGUUGGUAGGGGCUGUUCCACGCUGUAGCCCUAGUAGAUACUGAGCCCAAUUGCUCAAGGUUUGAUCGUGUUGAUCAAGUUUCAAGGUGGUACAGACCAGAGUAGACAGGGUCCACACUGGGUACUGAACCCCAUUCCUCAAGGUUUGCUCACUUUGGUGGUGCAAACUGGAGCUGGCAGACCUGUGUGCGCUGCAUCACAAGCCCCUCUAUCUGCACUGUUGGCCAGUGCACUUCCCAGCACUUGGCUUGUCCAGGUAGUGAAGCUGUCUGGACUUGCUAGGUUGUUGAUGGAAGCAACUCGGCUAGUUGAGAUGGAGGGAAGAUAUUGGGGGAUCAGUGGUGAUACCAUUUCUAGAUUUGUAUGCCUGGAGAUGUUUGAGGCUUGAUGUAAGAUUCUGCCCAGACAUAAUGUUGCUUUAGCUUCCAUUAUAUCUGUGUUACUCAUUGAAACCCCUACAUGUGCCUCCUUUAUUAUCACAUCCCAGCAGUUUCCUUUCUAACAAGUUGCAGCUUAUCCAGACAGAUCCUGAUCCUGGAAACUAUACCCUCAGAAGCAGCAGACACUGCAUUAAAAUCACUUCGCUCAAUCUGUUUUGGUCGUUGUGUUCUUUUAAAGUUUGUGUUAGAACCCAAAUAAUUCCUUUGUGUAAGUGAAUCAGAAAAAUCAAAUUUUAAUGUAUGCUUUCGAAUAACAGAAUGAAAUGACCGGGACGCCAUAUGCUGGACAAUUUAAACCUAUUCUAUCCAUUGCUGGUUAAGGUGAGUGAUGCAAUCUUCAGUUGUAAGAAUGGAGAUUAAAAUACUAAUGUUCACAAAUGUAUUUCUAUCUGUGACAUCGUUUGCAUUGGGCAGUGAGUCUGGGCCAGCGAGCCAGGCACCUCCACUGGUGAUUACAAUGAUACAUGGUCACUUCCUUAUAGUAACUAUUGACCAUAUCACUUUCACCAGGGUGUUGCCUGCAUUUCUGGGACCUCAGUUACAGGAAGAGAUUGGAUUGGCUGGGCUUGAUUUUACUGGAUUAAAGGCUGAGAGGUGACCUGAUAAGGCUACACUUAAUUUCAUUUAUUUAGAGAUACAGCACAGUAACAGGCUCUAUCAACCCAAUGAGCUUGCAUUGCCCAGUUACACCUCUGUGACCAGUUAACCUACUGGCCUGUACGUCUUUAGAAUGUGGGAUGAAACCAGAGCACCCGGAGGAAGCUCAUGCAGUCACAGGGAAAAUGUGCAAACUACUUACAGACAGCAGUGGAUUUAACCCAAGCCACUGGUGCUGUAAAGCAUUACAGUAACCACUAAGCUACCAUGCCACCCUGCAUAGCCUAACAUAAAAUUGUAAGAGGCAUAAAUAGGUUAGAUGGAAUGUUUUCAUCUCAUGGCGGUGGUUGCCUUCACAUCCGACGUUGGUAUGUGUGGGGGAGUUCUUAGAGUGGAAAAGGCAUUGCACUGGGUCUGUUCCACUCUUGAGCUUGGAAGUCCAGGUCCAGUGUAUGGGUAGUCAUCAUAACCGGGGUCUUCCUUGAUUGUAGGGAAUUACAAUGACUUCUGUGCUUCGUCAUACCCUUCACUCUUCAUAUCUCUUCAGAUCUCAUCUGCCCAGUCUGCCAGAGCUGACAUAGACACGUCCCUAUCUCUCCUGCUGGUUACCCUCAACUGGUCUUUGGAAUGUGGGAUGAAGCGGUGUAUUGGGGUGUGACCACUGUCACAUGCAAAGAGCCAUAGUCGAGAGCUGAGUGUAACCUCAAGGAAGGGGUGUCUGAACAAGAGGGCAGAGAUUUAAGGUGAGAAAAAUAAGGAAAAAGAACCAGAGCUAACAUUUCAGGUCUAAGUGACUUCCUGAACACUCUCUUUCCACAGAUGCUCCAUGAACUGUAGAGAUUUUCCCAUUUUACCCCCUAAAUAAUAUGGUGCCCCUGAUUACAGUGCCUUAGUCUUGAAGUACAGCAAUGUUCCAGGCAGAUUUGACAAUGACCUCCAAUCCACAUGCUCCCCUCAAAUCAGCAGAGCCAAAGUAAAUGAUAAAGCAUCAAGGUUCAUGGGGUGUAGGACCCAUGAAGGGUUGUUUUUGGCUGGAAAUUGCAUAUGGCAUCCCAUACAGGGCAGAGUUACUGCACCACUGUGGCCACAGCACGAUCCACACCUCUGGUGCUGGUCUCCUGAGAGGUGAUGGGAAUGUGGGGGGAGCACAAUGGAAUUAGUGUAAAUGGGGGUUUGAUGGUCAGUGUAGGCCCAAUGGACUGAAGGGCCAGUUUCCCCCUUGGAGAAAGGUGUCUCUCAGUCACUCACACCAGAACUUCCAGAACCUAAUGCAUUGUGCUCCAAUCUAUUGUCCUUUCCUACAUAACCAAGAAUUUACAGCUGUUAAUUUGUCCAACUGAACCCUCACUUGCAACUCUUGCACCUUGGGUAUGCCAGUGAGACCAAUAGACCCUGAUUGUCCAUUUGCUUAUUUGAUGCAGCUCAGAAACAGGCCCUUCAGCCACCAAAUCCAAGCUGGCCAUUACCAUUUACACUAAUGGUGUUUAUGCCUCCCUGUACUGGGCCUGAGGUCUGGAGUUCCUUUCUGAAGUUGUCUGCCCCUUUCUCCCUUUUAGAAUUAGUGGGUACUGCCCUGUUAAUCCCACCAAAAGUCGUCCCCACCACUGAGUGCAUCGAUUUGGAGCACUGUUGCAGGAAAAUAUCAGUCAUCAAAGACCCCUACCACCCAGGUCAUGCUGAUGCCAUCAGGAAGAAGGUACAGAAGCCUAUCUAAAUGACUUAACAGUUCCUAAUGUUUCUGCCACUACCACCACCCCAGACAGCCAGCUUAACUACAUGCCCUCUGGUAUUAGACAUUUCAACACUUGGAAAAAGAUGUCUGUCUGUCUAUGCCCCUCAUAACAUAAAGCUGUAUCUGAUCUCCCAACAAUUUUAGUUUUCCAAAAUUUCCUAGACUGAGGGGAAAAUUUAUUAGAAUGGAAAAUAGCAAUAGAAUCUGAUUUGUUCAAAGGGGAAGCAAGAAAGUACAUGGCCAGUUAGCGUAACAAUUACCAGAGGAGGAUAUUUUUAAAGAUGUUCUAGCAAGUCAUGGAGCAAAGUUCAAGGGUAACAGUCAAAGGCAGUACAGACCUGUGAAAGGCAAUAUCAGUUUGAGUUAUAUGAAGAAAUAACGCGUGCUCUGGAUCAUAAGGAGCUGGUAGACAUUUCAAAGGAGAUGUGAGGGGCAAGUGAGGGCAUGUGAGGAUGGACAAACUUGGGUUUUCUCUGCAGCAGUGGAGGCUGAGGGGAGAUCUGAUAAAAGUUUUUAAGAUCAGGAGAGGCAUAGACAGAAUCCCUCUUUCCCGGGUUGAAAUGUCUAAUACCAGAGGGCAUGCAUUUAAGGUGAGGGGGUAAUUUCAAAGGAGAUGUGGGGAGCAAGUUUUUUUUAAAUACAGAAUGUAGAGGAUGCUGGGAAUGUGCUGCCUGGAGUGGGUGUAGAGGCAGAAAUAGAAUUUUGAGAGACAUAAUAGGCACAUGAAUGUGAGGAAGAUGGAAGAAUAUGAACAUUAUGUAGGCAGAAGGGUCUAGUUUAGCAAUCCAUUUGAUACUAACAAUUGGUUCUUCCACAAUAUUGUGGGCCAAAUGGCCUGUUCCUUUGCUCUGUUCUACAUUCUAUGCAGGGACUAGAAGGGGGCAUUUGAUAAGGUCCUGCAUCAACUAUUGUUGAAUAUUAGAGCUCAUGAUGUAGUAGAUAGCAUGUUGGCAUGGAUGAAAGAAUGGAACAAAUUGAACUGCUGGCGGAGCAAAGUCAGUCAGAUGUCAGAGGGACCGUUUCGGCAGGAUGAUAUAUUUUGAAAAUAUAUAUAUGUAUAUAUGUAUAUGCUGUGUGUGGCUGUAUGUACUGUGUUUUGCACCUUGGCCCCAGAAGAACACUCUUUAGCAGUAUGCAGUGCCUUGAAAAUGUAUUCAGUAUCCACAAUUAUUUUCACAUUUUACUGUCUCCUUUUCUAAAUUUAAAGUAUAUUGAAGUAGAAUUUUUGAGCUAAUCUACAAAACAUGGUGCAUUAUGUCAAAUCAAAGGAAAAAUUCCAAAGCUUGUCAAGUUUCUAAAAAUUAAAAAUCAACAUUGUGAGGCUGAAUAAGUACUCAUUCCCUUUGUUAUUGCUAUGCUAACUUUCCUUGGGUGCAGUACUGUAUCAUAACACCUCAUCCAAUUUAUUGAUGUAGAAAAUUGGAGGAUCACCUGUUUCAAUGAAUUCGUAUACCCCCUCUCUAAGAUCCAACAGUAUGGUAGCUUUGUGACAGACCAAGCUGAAAAAGCAAAACAAAGACAAAAGAGGAUUCAAGACAAGUCAGGGAAAUAAUAGAGAAGCACAAAUCUGGGGAAGGAUACAAGGAGGUUUGUAGUCAGCUGAGAGCUAGAUCUGUGACAUUUAAGUCCAAUGAUCCAGGUAUGUAUAAAAAAACCAGGAUGACUUGUGGAGGGCUAUUUCAAGAACUAGAAAGCAGUUGGGAGAGGUUACAAGCAACAUCAGAUGCACAUCAACUUUGACAGGGUUUGCAGGCCAUUACUUCUUAAAAGCAAAACCCGAAAUUGUGAAUGGCAGCAAUUUUUCAAUAGCAGAUGAGCUCAAUGCCUUUUGUGCUUGAUUUGAACUGGAGAAUAAAACCACAGCUGUAAGAAUCCUUGCAGCAUCCAAUAAUCCUGUGAUCUCUAUCUUGGAGGCCGACGUCAGGCUGUCUUUCAAGAAGGUAAACCCUUGCAAGGUAGCAGGGCUCAAUGGAGUGUCUGGUAAGGCUCUGAUAAUCCAUGCUAACCAACUAGCAGGGGUAUUCGAAGAUUUUCAAUCUCUCACUGCUACAGUUGAAAGUUCCUACCUGCUUCAAAAGGGCAACAAUUACUCCAGUGCCCAAGAAGAGCAGCAUGAACUGCCUCAAUGACUAUCGUUGAGUAGCUCUCACAUCUAUGGUGAUGAGUGGUUUGUCGUGGUUAGGAUCAACACCUGUCUCGGGAAGGACCUGGACUCACUGCAAUUUGCCUAUUGCCACAAUGGGUCUACAGCUGAUACAAUCGCAGUGGCACCCCACGCAGCCUUGGAUCACCUGGACAAUGCAAAUACCUCUUUCAGGAUGCUGUUUAUUGACUAUAGCUCAGCAUUUAACACCAUCAUUCCUACAGUCCUGAUUGCAAAAGCUACAGAAUGUAGACCUCUGUACCUCCCUCUACAUCUGGAUCCUUGACUUCCUAAUAGAAGAUGACAAUCUGUCUGGAUUGGAAAUAACAUCACCUUGCUGAUAGUUAACACUGACAUACCACAGGGAUGUGUGCUUAGCCCACUGCUUCUACUCUCUACCAUGACUGUGACUAAGCAUUACCCAAAUGCCAUCUAUAAAUUUGUUGAUGAUACAGCCAUUUAUUGGCAAAAACACAGAUGGUGAUGAAAGGGAGUGCAGGAGCGAGAUAUACCAGUUAGUGGAAUGGUGUCACAGCAACAAUCUUGCACUCAACCUCAGCAAAAUCCAAGAGCUGAUUGAGGACUUAAGGGAGGGUAAGAUGAGGGAACACAAACCAAUCCUCAUAGAGGGAUCAGAAGUGAAGAGAGUGAGAAAUUUCAAGUUGAUCUCUGAGGACCUAACCUGGACACAGCUUAUUUAUGUAGCUAUAAAGAAGGCAAGUCAGUGGCUAUAUUUUGUUUGCAAUUUGAGAAAAUUUGGGUUUGUCAACUGAAAUACUUGAAAACUUCUACAAAUGUAUCACAGAAAACAUUCUGACUGGCUGCAUCAUCAUCUGGUAUUGGGGGCAGGGGGUGCUGCUUCUGCACAAGUUCAACAUGAAUUGCAGAAACUUGUAAAAUUAGUCAGCUCCAUCAUGGGUACUAGCUUCUGCAGUAUCCAAGACAUCUUCAAGGUACAGCGCCUUAGAAAGGCAACGUGAAUCAUUAAGGACCCCCCCC